AUGCCUCUUAUCGACCCUCGUACCGGUCCAUCCUACGGCGCUAUCGACCAUGGAGAGAAUAGCAGAGACUACGAGCAGGAUCGGUUGUUAAGGGAUGAAUACGAAACAGAAGAGGAAGAGAGCGAGAUCUCAUCGCUGGGUGAGGCUCAGGAAGGUGUUCGCAAGAUCGAGGCGAUCAAUAUGACCUGGACGACCCGCUCGUUGAUGAUUGCCUACGUCAGUAUAUUCCUCAUGGCAUUCUGUACUUCGCUCGAGAGCCAGACUGUCAUGUCCCUGUCAGCCUAUGCGACUAGUGCAUUCAGCAAGCAUUCGUUGAUUUCCACUGUGCUGGUGGUUCAGAAUGUGGUUAAUGCCGUGAUUAAACCGCCCAUGGCCAAGGUCGCCGAUGUCUUCGGUCGCUUCGAGGCGUUCUGUGUGAGUAUUCUGAUCUACAUCCUCGGGUACAUUCAAAUGGCCGCCUCGACCAAUGUGCAAUCCUACGCCUCCGCCCAAAUCUUCUACUCGGCUGGCUCGACCGGACUCCAGAUCCUGCAGCAAGUCUUCAUUGCCGAUAGCAGCGACCUGCUGAAUCGUGCGUUUCUGGCCGUCCUCCCCGAAUUCCCGUUCUUGGUCACUGUCUGGCUGGGACCGACGAUUGCCGGAGCGGUGCUUCGCUCGUCAUCCUGGCGAUGGGGCUAUGGCAUGUGGGCGAUUAUCUUGCCCGCGGCCUUCCUGCCUCUGGCACUUUCGUUGCUUUUGAAUCAGCGGAAGGCGCGUCGACUCAACCUGAUCAAGGCGUCGAAGAAGAUGAAGCGCAGACGCAGUUUUUUUGCCAUCAUCCGUCGCACCUGGUAUGAUCUGGAUGUCGGUGGUCUCACACUGCUCUCUGCGGCCGUCACUUUGAUCCUGGUACCUCUCACCCUUGCGGCGAACGCCAAAAACGGCUGGAAGAAUACUAGCAUCAUUGUGAUGAUCGUUGUGGGUGUCGUGUGUCUGUGCUUCAUGCCAUUCUAUGAAACCUCGAAGAAGCUGGCACCCAAACCACUUCUCUCUCUGCACCUCCUGAAACAGCGAACUGCGCUCGCAGGCUGUGCUCUGGCUUUUUGGUAUUUCAUGGCAUUCUACUUCUCCGUUCAACCAUACCUCUACUCCUACCUUCAAGUCGUGCAAAACUACGACGUCGCCACCGCAGGCCGAGUAACCCAAACCUUCGCCUUCACCUCCACCAUCGCCGCCUUCAGCGUCUCCCUCCUGAUAAAGUACACCCGCCGCUAUCGCAUCUUCAUCACAAUCGGUUGCGUCAUCUACAUAACCGGCCUGGCCCUCAUGCUCCUCUGCCGCAAAGAAAACGCUUCCCACCUGCAAGUCCUCGGCACCCAAAUCCUCGUCGGCUGCGGCGGAGGCCUCCUCAACGUCCCCGUCCAACUAGGCGUCCAAGCCUCCGCAAGUCACCAAGAAGUUGCAGCCGCAACAGCCAUGUUCCUCACCUCCAUGGAAAUGGGCGGGGCCGUCGGUGCCGCCAUCUCCGGCGCCGUCUGGACCCAUUCCAUCCCGCAGAAGUUGCUCAAGUACCUCCCCGAGGAAACAAAGUCUCAGGCCGCGGAGAUUUUCGGCUCCCUCGCCAAAGCCCUAGAGUACCCGAUGGGCUCGCCGACUCGCAUUGCCAUCAACCGCUCCUACCAGGAGACGAUGAAUCGGCUUCUGACGCUUGCGCUGAUCGUGACGCUGCCGCUCAUCCCGCUCAGUCUGGUUAUGGAGAAUUAUAAACUGGAUAAGGUAAGAGAACCUGACCCGAAUCGAAACGAGGAGUUGGAACCUAACGGAAUGCAGAUGAGUCCGAAUAGCCAUGAUGGCGAGGAUGAGUUGCUUGUGCGGCCUAAGGAUUCGCAUAAGCGGACGAACUGA